UGCAAUAUUUUUGGUGUCUGUUCAGCUAACUGCAUAAACUGGAACCACAGACUAGAUGUCAGACCAGCUUUCUGCUCUACGGCGUGUUUAAAUACCUCCCAGAACAACCGAGUGAGAGAGGAGAGGCCUCACUAUGGAUUUAAGAUCAGCAGCAAGAGGAUUUCUAGCUUUCCUUCUGUCAGUACCAGUGCUUCAGGGUCAUGGUGACUGGACAGUUACGUACUCAUCUACUAAUGUCUGUGCUUUAAGAGGAGCAAUGGUUGAAAUCAACUGCACUUAUGAUUACCCUGACGACGUACAGUACCUCCCUGAGACAGUCAGAAACCUGUGGUUUACUAAAGAAGACAACCAUCAGCCAGUUGAUUUGCUAAGUGAUUCAGACUAUACAGGUCGUGUGGAAAAUAGCUGUGGAAAGGUCAACUGUAGCGGGUCCAGAUGUCAUGGAACAUGUUCCCUGAAUAUCAGAGACCUGAGACAGAGUGACUCUGCUGUCUACAAGUUUAGGUUCACAACAAACCAACCAGGUGGCGGAAAUACUGGUGACCCUGGAGUGAUGUUAUCUCUAACAGACCUCCAGGUGAAGGUGUCCUUUCCUGACCCUACCGAUCCUACCUGGACAGAGCUGGAGUGUCACAGUAUGUGUGGUCUAGCUGGUGACCCUCGCUACAUCUGGUUCAGGAAUGGAAUGAAGGGAAGACGGGGAGUGAAGUACAGGACCUUCAUUCAGUCUGGAGACAGCUAUUCAUGUACUGUUGAAGGAUACAAACAUAUCCGCUCUCCUUUAGUUUACGCUCCAAAGACCCCCUCAGUGACCGUGAGUCCCUCUGGUGAAAUAAAGGAGGGCAGUUCAGUGACUCUGAGCUGCAGCAGUGAUGCCAACCCAGCAGCUAACUACACCUGGUUCAAGGUUGAUACAGAUCGUUCCUCCAGAAAGAUCAACCAGGGACCACAGCUUGUUUUUAAACAGAUCCUGACGUCAGACACUGGACAAUACUACUGUCUAGUUCAGACUGAGCUAAGGCAAGCAUCUAUCUGGAUCACUAUUCACAUGAAAUAUGGGCCUAAACACACUUCUGUUUGUUCAAAUCCUUCUGGUGAAGUAGAGGAGGGCAGUUCAGUGACUCUGAGCUGCAGCAGUGAUGCCAACCCAGCAGCUAACUACACCUGGUUCAGGGAACAUGAAGACUCAGUGAAGGAAACAGGACAGAACUACACCAUCACUAAUAUCACAUCUGAGCAUGAAGGAAACUAUUACUGCCAAGCACAUAAUGCAAUCGGACAUCAUAACUCCACCUUUUUAUUCAUUCAAAUGACAUCAUCAUCAUCACAUCCAGCAAUGGUAGCUGUACCAACCAUUGCUGUCCUACUGGCCACCAUACUCCUCCUUGUCUUCCUCUGGAUGAGAAGAAAGAAGGCCUCAAGUAAAGAAAUUGGACAGGGAGGAAGGCCAGAUGCCGUGUUGGAGCUACUUCCUGUUACUGUGUAUGACAACGUCUCAGCUCUGACCAAUCGCUUAGACACUGUAGCACAGAGAGAACCAAUAGAAGAGUUGGAUGACCAUCACUAUGCCAGCAUCGACACCUCUGUGUCCGAGGAGCAGAAAGUGCCUGGCUCCGGUGGCCAAUCAGUCAAGACUGCUGUCUUUUGCUCUCUGGUCAACAUUCAAAGGGUCAACGCUGUCCCUGGAGAAAGUGACCCGGCAGAAACCCCAGAGUUCUACAGCACCAUCAAAUAAUACCUCAGAUAUUGAACCAGUUGUAGCAGCAAUAUUUAAAUAGUGGAACUAGGUAGAGAGUCUCAUCCAUUUAGUUUAACAGCACAGCACCGGUUUUCUUUGGUACUUUCAAAUCCCACCACAGAAACAGUUGGGGUGUAUUAUGUAUUCUAUAAUCUUUAUGAAAACUCAGUCAGAACUAUUAAACACCAGAGGAUGGGCGGGGUGGGGCAGUGGACACACACACACACACACAAACACAAUGCAUUUCGCUGCUACAACAACAAAAAAAUCACUCAAAUAUUAUUACUUUCAAUACAUUGGCCGAAAUGAAACAUCUUUUAAUUUGGGCUGCUUCUAGGACAUUUUGGGUGGAUUUUGAACAGUAUGUGGGCAGGACGUUGUUUGCAGGCCCUGGCAACCCUGCGCUGUUGUCCGAGGUGCUGAAAUUCUCCUGAACAGAUCUAGAUCCAUGGCUAAAAAGACUUAUAUUAUAGAUUAAACUUAACUUUUCAAUAAAUACUAUGGCAGAAUAAAUGUUAUUAAUGGGUUUUUGCGACAGUUGAACCUACCAGAAAGUCAUGCUCUCUGGCGAAAGCUACCUACAGCUCUUUAUUGCUAAUAUUACUUUAAUAUUUUUCUAUUGAAGUAAAUGAUGAAAUCGUUGCUCUAUCAGUAUCAAUCAAAUAUAUUAGUUGUAAUUUGGGGCGCAUUCAAAUAAUGUAUUUUAUAUAUUAUAUAAAGCCUAUUUGUUUGUUAAAUGUCAUUAAGCCUAAUAAGGUAUAUUAUGUACAAAGUUCUUCGUUAUAGAAUGAUAUAUUAGUUGUAAUUUGGGGCAUAUUCAAAUAAUGUAUUUUAUAUAGGCCUAUAGCCUAUUUGUUUUGUUAAAUGUCAUUAAGCCUAAUGAGGUAUAUUAUGUACAGUUCUUCGUAAUAGAGUAAUAUACUUUAAUAUAAGGGUACGUUUUGGAAGCCAGUGGUACAAGUGUUAGUGAUGCUAGGUUAAUAAUCAAGAGGGUGUGUGUUCGAUUCUCUCCGCGGUCUGAUAUGUUUUUGCUCUUUUAGUCAAACUUUGGCAGCCAUUGUCAAUAUGGCUGCUACCAUAACCAAAAGCCUAUGUUAUCAGUUAACAUCUCAUUGAACAGAAUAAAUACAUGUGCGUCAGUCUAAUAAAACGUCCUUAGAUAUUGAUAGUCCAAUAGGCCUUUUUAUAAUAUAUAUAAAUAAAUAGGCCUAUUGGUCUAUCAAUCUAUAUUGAAUUAAUUUUAAAUUAAACGGCGGGUAUAAAGCCGUGAACGGCUUUAUACCCGCCUCAACCGUGCCUACUUCCUGUUUGAACCAGCCUCUCAGCCAGCCGGGGUGCCACAGUGUCUGUGUGUCUGUGUGUUUGUGUUUGUGUGUUUGUCUUUGUGUGUGGGUGAUUGUGUUUGUAUGUGUGCAUGUGUGUUUACCUGCCUGAUUGUGUGUGAGUAAGGAGCAGAAGGACAGAAAAAUAAAACAAAUAUUUUUAAAAGCAGAAGGUGAAAGACGAAGAAACUUUGUAUCUUUCUUUGUGGUCUAAAAGGUUGAUUAUACAGGCCCAGUAGUUACCAGGCUUCUGUUCCUUCUGUGAAUCAUGGUGUGAAGAGGAAGGAAGUCUUUCAAUGCUGUUUGGUUUCUGUUGAGGUCACUGCAUAAAAUGGAACCAAAGACUAGAAGUCAGACCAGCUUCCUCCUCUACAUUAACUUGUAACUUGUAUUGCUAUGGUUAAUGAAUCUUAUUCAUAGAGUUUUGCUUGUAUGUCGUUUUUAAUUGUUUAUUUGUUUCUUCAUUAUGGUGUGUUUAAAUAUCUCCCAGAACAACAUAGUGAGAGAGGAGAGGACUCACUAUGAAUAGAUCAGCAGAAAGAUGAUUUCUAGCUUUCCUUCUAUCAGUACCAGGUUGGUUCAUUUACAUCGUUAACAUGUAACUGUUUCAAUAACAUGACAACCAAGCAACUAGAACGAGGAGAGGGUGAAACCACAGCAUUUUUAAGAUAGAAUAGUAGUAAACAGAACAUUAAAGAAUCACCCUCUAGAACGUGUGUUUGGUUAAACAGACAACGAGAACAGAGAACGGUCCACUUUCUAUGUUUCAGUCAUUGUAAAAUACCACUUUGUUGCAGGUUGUAGACAGUCUCUUGAAUUGAUGGUACUGUUCUUUAGAUAUCAAUACUUUCCUGGUUGCUAGACGAUCUUGAACGAUAUACA